GGCUGGCCGGGGGCGUGGCCCGGGCCAGGGCUGAGCUCUGGGCCUCCGCGGCCAUCGCUGUCUGAGCGGUCCCUUCCCUUCGCCCGCUCCCCGCCCCCCUGGGCCGAGUGGAGUUGGGUGGUGUCGGUGGCCUCACCCUGAGGGGCACGGCAGCUUCAGGAGCUGGGCUUUCAGCGCGGCGCGAUGUCAGGCGCCGUGAUGGCUCUGUGAGUCCGAGGCCGCGGCCGUGGCGCUGGGCGGCUGCGGGGCCUGGCCCGGUCCGCUCAUGGUGCCGCCACGACGCCAUCGCGGGGCAGGAAGGCCAGGUGUGCUGGGUUCUUCACCUCCUUUUAGACUGGGAUCUGCCAAGUUUUCAGGCAUUGCUCUUGAAGAUCUCAGAAAGGCCUUUAAAACAAGACUGCAAAUGGUGUGUGUAUUUAUCAUGAACCGAAUGAAUUCCCAGAACAGUGGUUUCACUCAGCGCAGGCGAAUGGCCCUUGGGAUUGUUAUUCUCCUUCUUGUUGAUGUGAUAUGGGUUGCCUCCUCAGAACUUACUUCGUAUGUUUUUACUCAGUACAACAAACCGUUCUUCAGCACCUUUGCAAAAACAUCUAUGUUCGUUCUGUACCUUUUGGGCUUUAUUAUUUGGAAGCCAUGGAGGCAGCAGUGCACAAGAGGAUUUCGAGGAAAGCAUGCUGCUUUUUUUGCAGAUGCUGAAGGUUACUUUGCUGCUUGCACAACAGAUACAGCUAUGAAUAGUUCUUUGAGUGAACCUCUGUAUGUUCCUGUGAAAUUUCAUGAUCUUCCAAGUGAAAAACCUGAAAGCACCAACAUCGGUACUGAAAAAAAAAGUCUUCAAAAGUGGUUUUUGGCAAAUUUGUCAUAUCAGGAAGCACUUUCAGACACACAAGUUGCUAUAGUUAAUAUUUUGUCUUCAACUUCUGGACUUUUUACCUUAAUCCUUGCUGCAGUGUUUCCAAGUAACAGUGGAGAUAGAUUUACCCUUUCUAAACUAUUAGCUGUAAUUUUAAGCAUUGGAGGUGUUGUACUGGUAAACCUAUCAGGGUCUGAAAAAUCUGCUGGAAGAGAUACAAUAGGUUCCAUUUGGUCUCUUGUUGGAGCCAUGCUCUAUGCUGUCUAUAUCGUUAUGAUUAAGAGAAAAGUAGACAGAGAAGAUAAGUUGGAUAUUCCAAUGUUCUUUGGUUUUGUGGGUCUCUUUAAUCUGCUGCUCCUAUGGCCUGGGUUUUUUUUACUACAUUAUACUGGAUAUGAGGACUUUGAGUUUCCCAAUAAAGUAGUAUUAAUGUGCAUUAUCAUUAACGGCCUUAUUGGAACAGUUCUUUCAGAGUUCCUGUGGUUGUGGGGCUGCUUUCUUACCUCAUCAUUGAUAGGCACACUUGCACUAAGCCUUACAAUACCUCUUUCCAUAAUAGCUGACAUGUGUAUGAAAAAGGUGCAGUUUUCUUGGUUAUUUUUUGCAGGCGCUAUCCCUGUAUUUUUUUCAUUUUUUAUUGCAACUCUCUUAUGCCAUUAUAAUAAUUGGGAUCCCGUGAUGGUGGGAAUCAGAAGAAUUUUUGCCUUUAUAUGCAGAAAACAUCGAAUUCAGAGAGUUCCGGAAGACAGCGAACAGUGUGAGAGUCUCAUUCCUAUGCACGGUGUUUCUCAGGAGGAUGGAGCUAGUUAGCUGUUGUCUGUAGCCCAGCUUGAUAAGGAACAUUAUACAGCGAAGAGACAAUCUCUGGCAAGUUUUUGUAGAAAAAUGUUUCAGUGCCUAGUCUGAAAAAUAACAGUUUCAGUUCUUUGAAACUCUAAAAUGUAUUUUUCUCAUAUCUGUUUUCUUCAUUUUCAUAAUGAAGUACUUUGCUAUGUAGCUGUGUACAUAUCACUACAAUUAUAGGAAGUUCCAGUCCAUAGUCCAUCUAAAGGACCAAUCUGCCUUACCACAUCUCAAGGAAUUCAGCUGAUGAAAUCAUUUGAACUAAUCAAGAAAUGAAUCCUAAUGUUCUGGAGACUUUAUUUUCACAUAUUUGUUAAAUGCUGGACUAUAUUAUGAAAAUGUUUUUAAGAAAUCAUUUAAGUAUUCAUAGACCAGUAUUUCUGACAGGUAAAAUGCGAAAAUAAGCUACCUGUAAUAGGUACGGAUUAUAUUUUAGAGUUUUGUAGAAUAUUGCAAAUUAACCACAUAGAAAAAUGUUUAAUUUAUGCAACAAGUAUGUUCAUGCAAAUUUGGUAGGACUUUAAAAAGAAUAAAUAUUUGAGAAACGAUCUGGUUCACUUACAUUACAUAUGCUGUAUUGUCCUUUCAUAGCAUUAGGUGCCUUGUAUUUUAAAUCUGUGACAAACCAUGACAAAUUUUUAAAGGAGAAGUAUUAUUAUAAAAUGAAGAAUUGUGUAUUUCUAAAGGCUGUAUUGCUGUAAAUUUAAUUGAUAAAGCUCUGUUUA